AGAUGACACCUCCAGACUCCUUCCUUCGGCAAGAGUGGCAGAUGGUUCGUGGCGUCCCCAUGGUCUGUGCAUUUGCCUUUGACUGGGACAGGAUCGACAAGUUCCAGAGCAGACCUGAUGACAUUUUGAUAGCCACAUACCCCAAAUCUGGUACCACAUGGAUGUGUGAAAUUGUGGACAUGAUCCUGCAGGAUGGGGACGCUGACAAAUGCAAGCGAGAUGCCAUUUUCAAUAAAGUCCCUAUGCUGGAAUUUGCUGCCCCAGGGAAGAUGCCCUCAGGCACAGAGCAAUUAGCUUCGAUGCCGUCUCCUCGCGUGGUGAAGACCCACCUCCCAGUCAGUCUGCUGCCCAAGUCCUUCUGGGACAAUCAGUGCAAGACAAUCUAUGUGGCUCGCAAUGCAAAGGAUGUAGCUGUAUCCUUCUAUCAUUUUGACCUGAUGAACAAGCUGCACCCAGAACCUGGCCCCUGGGAUGAGUACCUGGAGAAAUUCAUGGCAGGCAAAAUAGCUUUUGGUUCCUGGUAUGACCAUGUGUCCAGCUGGUGGGAUAAGAGGAAUGAGCAUCCCAUGUUAUACCUGUUCUAUGAGGACAUGAAAGAAGAUCUGAAACGUGAGAUUAAGAAGGUUGUGCAUUUUUUGGGGAAGGACCUGGCAGACUCCGUUGUAGAAAAGAUCGUCUGCAAUACUUCCUUUGACGUGAUGAAGGACAAUCCUUCUACAAACUACAGAAUGGCACCUGCUGCUGUGAUGGACCAGAGCAUCUCACCGUUCAUGCGCAAAGGAAUUGCUGGUGACUGGAAGAAUUACUUCACUGUAGCUCAGAAUGAGAAAUUUGAUGAUGAUUAUAAGAGGAAAAUGGCAGACACAACAAUGCAGUUCCGAACAGAGAUCUGAACCUCCCUAGAACUUCCAGCACUGCUUCUGGUCUGCAGUUCCACUCACACACACGUUUUGGGUGGAGAUUUUGGACUGCUGCAAGUCUAUCUUCUUAAUUUACCUGUCAAGUUUCCCAGUCUUCUUGGUUGUGGGAGCCAUGGGUGAAAUGUGUUCUGGUCAUCAUCAUCAUCGUUUAUUACAGUCUCGCGAUCAGAAUACAGUAUAAAUAUAAUAUGAAAAAAUAAAAGCAGACAUAGUUAUGGUCGGGGAAGACUUCAGUGCAAAGGAGGUGAUCUUUAAGCACACUCCGGACUCUCCUUUGUUUAGUCAUUUAUCCCUCUGUGUCAUCUUGUAUCCCUCGCUUCAACCAUUUCUCUUUACAACUAAUACAAAAAGACAAACGGUGCAAAGGAAAGACUGUAAUGAUUAUAUAACUCCUAUGCAUUUUGUGUUCAGUUUUGGCAGGGGGAAUCUUUCAGAUUCUUUAUAUAGCCAGUUUGGUGUAGUGGUUAAUUGCGCGGACUCUUAUCUGGGAGAACCGGGUUUGAUUCCCCACUCCUCCACUUGCACCUGCUAGCAUGGCCUUGGGUCAGCCAUAGCUCUGGCAGAGGUUGUCCUUGAAAGGGCAGCUGCUGUGAGAACCCUCUCCAGCCCCACCCACCUCACAGGGUGUCUGUUGUGGGGGAGAAAGGUAAAGGAGAUUGUGAGCCGCUCUGAGACUCUUCGGAGUGGAGGGCGGGAUAUAAAUCCAAUAUCUUCUUCUUUUAUAUUGGGAACAGAACUUAACGAAUUGGAAUGAUUCACCCUGAGGAAGCUGCAUGCAAAAUCUGUACAGUCAUUAAAAGAUUCUUUCCUUUGCCCCAUUUGUCUUGCCUUGGUGCGCCCCCCCACCUCCUGCCUUCAUCUCUCUACAAACUUCCAAAUCUUCAAAAUUCCUUUUAAAAAUACUUAUCCUCAUCAAUUAUGAUGGGAUUUUAAAAAAGUUAUAAAGGUUAAGGAAAUUAAAUUUUGCAUUCUGCAGUAAUUUAGAGCUUACCAAGUAUGGAAUAAAUACAUUCCACAGUA